AACAAAAAUCUAAAGAUGGUACUCAUUGGCGACGAUUUAUCGGUUUUUUUGCUAACAGAAGAAGGAGAGGUAUAUCACUGGGGGAACAUUAGGCAGUUUAAUAAUAUUGUAGAAUAUUAUUCACAACUUUUUGAUUUGAGACAUACACGUAUUGUACAAGCUGCAGUUAGCAAACAAACAUUUAUCAUUUUAACUGUUGAUGAUAGAAUGUUCUAUUUCCAAACCCUUGAUAAUAACGGGACUUGGAUGAGACAGAUCGAUUCCCAAUUUUCAGAAAAGGUUCGUUCUAUUUGUUGUGGUGACAGUUUCUUUGCAUUACUUACUGACGAUGGAAGGGUAUAUACUUGGGGAGCAAAUAGUUAUGGUCAGUUAGGUAUUUCUACAUAUGACAACAAUUUUAUAGAUAAACCACGUCAAGUUAAAAUUAGUAACGAAGAAAUAGUACAAAUAACUUGUGGAUAUACACACACACUCGCACUAACUGCUCAAGGAUACAUUUAUGGGUGGGGUCACAACCUUUUUGGAGAAUUAGAUUCUACUUUUCUAGAAAUCAACCCUAGUCCUAGAAGGGUUCAAGUAACAAAGAAGGAUUUAAAAAUAUUGGAUGUUGCUGCUAUGAAGAACGUGAGUUGUGCCAUAACCGAAGAAAAACAUAUUGUUUCUGUGUGGGGCAACUGUUGUGAACAAAAAAUUUGUAAACCUGCCCCCUGCGACCACACGACUUUAUUUGACAUGUGUAAUGCGCUGACUGGCAAACCACCAACUACUGUAAAAAACAACUUGUAUCGCGACCAGCGGCUUAAAUUACUGAACGAUAUUGCAAAAUCGUUUAACGAGAUUAGUCAUAGCGAUCUUGCUAUACAAGUUACAAGAAGGUAUAUUUAUGUCCAUAAGAUAAUACUGCAAUGUCGUAAUUCAUAUUUCAAAGACAUAGACCAAUUUAUACAGCUUGAAGGAGAUCAAAAUGUCAUCAUACUUAAUCAAUUUUCCUAUGAGAUGUAUUACGCUUAUUUCAAAUAUUUAUAUACUGGCAAAAUUGAAGUAUCUACAGUGGAAGAGAAAUUUAAACUCUUCAAUUUGGCUGAGGCAUUUAGCGAUGAGCGGUUUAAGAAAAGUCUCUGUAACGCGAUAAAAGAUGACACAACGACGGAAAAUUUAUUUUCUACUUACAUUUAUACGAUGCUAAAAUAUAAUGAAGAACUAGAGCAAUUUUGUUUCGAUUUCUUCAAAGAAUACAAAACGGAAAUGAUAAAGAUGAAGAGUUUUAUGGACUUAAACGAAGAAAUAAAAAAAAAAUUUUUGAAAAAAUCUAAAUAA